CCCUCCUUUACUGGCCGCUGGGUGGGCACGGGGCGGGUCACCGCGGAGCCGGGAGGGCUCUGGUCAGGCUCCGGGAAGAUCGGAAGGCGUAGAGCAGCCGCGGCCACUCAGAACUGAGACCACUAGGCUCUUCAGCAGGCGAAGACACAAGAGUUUGUGUUGGAUGACUGCUUGCAACGUAAGGAAGGACACUCGUUUGCAGAUCCCAGAAGAGAAGAGCUACCUGGGUCAGGUGGAGGCAAGAUGGGCCCCAGGGGCAGGCAGAGCCCCUCAUCCCCACUGGCCCCCUCCCAAGGGUCUUGCUUCUUCAUCCUCUUCUGCUUACGGUUAGGUGCCUCCUGCCCACAGGCCUGCCAGUGUCCUGACCAUGCCGGGGCUGUGGCUGUCCAUUGCAGCUCAAGAGGUCUGCAGGAGAUCCCCAGGGACAUCCCAGCUGACACGGUGCUUCUAAAACUAGAUGCCAACAGAAUCUCCAGAGUCCCCAAUGGAGCCUUCCAGCACCUGCCCCAACUGAGGGAGCUGGACCUGUCCCAUAAUGCCAUUGAGGCCAUUGGGCCAGCAGCCUUCUCAGGUCUGGCUGGGGGCCUGCGGCUCCUGGACUUAUCCCACAAUCGCAUCCGAAGAAUUCCAAAGGAUGCACUGGGCAAGUUGAGUGCCAAGAUCCGCCUGUCCCACAAUCCACUGCACUGUGAGUGUGCCCUCCAGGAGGCCCUGUGGGAGCUGAAGCUGGACCCUGACUCUGUGGAUGAAAUUGCCUGUCAUACCUCGGCCCAGGAGCAGUUUGUGGGCAAGCCGCUGAUCCAGGUCUUGGACUCAGGUGCCAGCUUCUGCAGUACCCACCGGAAGACCACUGAUGUCGCCAUGCUGGUCACCAUGUUCGGCUGGUUUACCAUGGUGAUUGCCUACGUAGUGUACUAUGUACGCCAUAACCAGGAGGAUGCCAGACGACACCUGGAGUACCUGAAGUCCCUGCCCAGUGCUCCAGUCUCCAAGGAGCCCCUCAGCCCUGGGCCUUAGCACCCGCCUCCGGUGGGCCACUGAGCCUGGCUGCCCUGGUUUUCUGCAGCAGGUGGAGGUGAUGGUGCUCUUAUGUCCCCAGGGAGGUGCAUUCCAGCUGUACAGCCCAAAAAGCACUUUCAUAGUUGGCAUUUGGUCCCUGCAGCCGCUGCCUAACACUGUAGUGGGGUUGCCCAUCGUAAUGGGUAGGUAAAUAGAAAGCCUUGCCAGGGGCUGGAUUUGGCUGGCACUUAAACCAAGGCUGCUUGUGGUACAGGUUUGUGAGCUGCCCAAUCUGCCAAUCUUUCUCACAC